AUAGUUGUCCAAUAACAUAACCAAAAAUUUUGAACAAUAUAAAACAUAUGUUGUUAUCUAUAAUGUUGACUUAUUGGACAAUUUAUUAAUUUAUAUAAAAUUUGUUGAGCAGAGCUGAUGAAGUGCUGGAAAGAUGGAAGAAUUUGAUUACAAGUUGAACCAGAACAAUGCGAUUCUCAUAAGUGGAGCCGUGAAGGGCAUCAUCGAGAAAUUAACCAAAUUGAAGGACUGCGAGGACAAGAACACUUUCCAAAAGAGUCUCAUUUACUUGAAGGAGAAAUGCUUGACGGGAAGCGACUGCCUAACGAUUACUGCUGCCGCCGGUUUGUUCAGUUUGUGUUCUGAUGGGGUUGUCUCCAUGGAAGAAGUCCUUAAGGACUUUGUUGCUUCUAUUCAACACAUCAGCAACUUUAGCGGUGUAUUAUAUUUUCUAUUCAUGAUGAUGGAUCAUCCGACGAACAGUUCCAUGAAAUACGGUUUGUCGGAUAAUCAGCAUCCUUUAAUUGCCGUUCUUAAUCGGGACCCAAAGGUUUGGCCGCUGGUUCUGGCCAAUAUUCGCAAUCGAAGGAUCAAUGACCAUGAGAAGCGUCUAGUCGAGCAACUUAAACCGUUCCUGCUGCACGUCUUGUACGAUUACGAGAUGAAAUUCGACGAGAAUUUUCAGUAUAAUUUGCUCGAUUUAUUCAAAGACGAUCUCGACGUUGCGUUCCUUAAUAAAAUUAUUUUGCUUUCGAAAGGGCACUUGACUAGAUCGGCGAGGUACUGCGAUUACUUCGCGGAAGUCAAUUUCCGAAUGGGAAGUUGCGUUUUAGCGCUGUGCGUAAAGGCGAUGCUGCUGAAAGGAGUCGAACCUACCGAAGCAAUAUAUCUGUUGCAACAGUACAGUUGCACGGCGGUCCUUCCAUCUCAAGUAUUGACGAUUUUAACAAACUGUAUUCACAAUAUACCGAUAGUACAAAUCGAUUCGAUUUUGAACAUUUGCGAAGACAUUUUGAAGCACAAAUGUCCGGACACUUCGUUGAACACGCUGAAAGCGUCGCUGAUUGUUUGGAAGAUACAAUUUACCGUUUUCGAUGAGAAUUCUCGAAGAUCCCUGAAAUGCAUCGACAGGAUUUUACAUACAAAAUACAAGACAGAAGAUGCAGAAGAUGUGUUGGAUUCAGCCCAAAUUUUGGAUGCUGAUCUUUACCUGUCGCAGUGCUUUAGACCUGAUCUCGAAUUAUCCGAUAUGCCUCGUGAACUGAUCUCGCAAAUAUUUAACCCACUGCUCGGCGUCAUCUACUCUGGGGACUGCGAGAACGCCUCAAGGAUUCUGCAAUCGCUAUUGAGUUAUUGCGAAGUACGACCGAAAGAUACUUUCAAGUUGCUUCCGGUUUUAUUAUACAAAUUGGCAAACUCGCAGAAUCCGCAGCUCAAUUUGUCGUUGAUCAAGGCGCUACCUAAGAUGGCCGUACUAAAAGAAAAUUUGGCUGUGGUAGUGACGACGCUUAAAGCUGUAGCGAAGGCGUCCGGAAUUAUGCAGACGUUGGUCCUGUCCGCGUUCUACGAACUUUUCCUCGUAGAUUCGAAAUGCUUUCCAUAUUUACAAGAGUUCCUUAUAAAGGAAAAUAAGGAUGACAUUGAACAGUACACUUUGAGUCAGGCGUACAUUAUAAAAGAGAUUUGCAGGAAGAAUGUGGGCUUAGAAGUGUUCGGCAGUGAGCUUACGGUUCAUUUAUCAAGGAUAUUGAAUAAAAAGGAUUUGCAUUAUGGCAUGGCCCAGGCUUUGGCCUUCGAAGGUUUGAAAUAUCUCUGCAGAUAUGAUAUUGUUGACGUGGCUUCGGCUUGGUAUAAUUUGGCGCCACGUUUCGAAAAUGAGACGAGCACUAGGAUUCUGAUUAGCAUCUGCGACUUAAUAACGGAAGUAUCAAAUCUGUACGUGGAGAGUCAAAAAUAUGACAAGUUAGUAAACGAUGUUGUGAAGAAACUGUGGGAUUUUACAUUGACGACGAGCAGCGCUGAUGUAUUGGGGGCAGCUUACAAGGCUUUGGGGUGCUUUAGCGUUGAACAGAUUACCACUUCAAUCCCUGAAAUGUAUUUGGGUGAGGGUAUCGUUGUAAGCGCAGUCGGAACUGUGCCAGGGAAUACCUGGAUACAAGUUCUUCUUCGAGGCAAUAGGACCGGGUUGAAAAGCGCGACCGACAUGGUUUCAUGCUUGAUUGCCAAGGAAUUAAAGGGUUACAGGAAAGGAGUGUAUGAAGUUUCCGAGGGACACGGCGAACCUACGUCGAUGAACGUCUCUCGCAAUAGCAUCACCGCAGCUGUUGCUAAUUACGUUAGGAUUAAUAAUUCCAAGUGGUCGCGUGGUACGGACAAAGAUGUGUAUCUGGAAUGUUUACGUAUUCUUGGGAAGAAGUACGCUAAGCCUUUACCGCCGAUGGAUUGGAAUUUCUUGCAGGAACUGAUCCAUGUGCCGGUGGCUCGUAAAUAUGCGGUGAAUAUACUCUCCAGACAGGUGGCAUUGUCGGGAACGGCGCGACGUCUGCUGGAGAACUAUUUGGUGGCAUUGGCGGAAAAGUCCGAUAUGACUUUGGACGAGUGCAACGGAAUUUAUGAAAAUUUGAAAUCACUGUGCAACAGCAUUCAACCGAUAACAUUAAAGCCGUUCAUUGCCGCCUCGUUGCAGUUGGCUAUUCACGAAAAUAAUUUGGAUUUGAUCAUCGAUUCUCUGAAAGCGGCUUUCACCGAUCGCGACGUUUCGGAAACGAACAAGAACGUCAUCGGCGAAGUUUUGGUUUAUAUCAGCGAAAAUUUAGAUUUCGAAUCCGAGAUGUUCGAUAAAAUGCUGGGAGUGUUGUGCGUUCUACCAAUCGAGCUGAUCGAUGAUCUCAGUUGCCCGAAACAGUAUUCUUGUUUAACGACAAGGAUCGUGGAUAGGUGUUUGAAAAUAAGGCUGUCGGCUGCUUUGGUCUCCGAUAAUCCGUUCACGUUUCUCGACAACUUUAUUGAUUGCCGUGCUCUACGCCUUGAUAUUAUUCACGAGGAAAAGAGUAACAUAUCUUUCGAGGAAUGGUUCAAGUGGAGCAAACAUGUAUUCGUAAAGCAUCGUUACCACAAGAAAUGCGUUCCGUGGUUCGUAGAGUUGAUGGCUAAAAUUCAACUGGAGUUAGCGUCCAGUCAAAAGGUGGAUUCUGUUCUGUUUGCGAUAACCGUCUUCGUGGGUGGAAUUUGCGCCGUGUCCGGUUUCCACGUGUUCGAACCGGAAAGCGAUGUUUUCACAUUCAUCAGAUGUUUUCCGUACGCUCUCAGCAACGUCGUCUCGAUGGACACAUUUAAGCCGCACAUUGUUCAGAUUUUGGAAUGGCUCCAUGAUAUGUGCACCAAUAAGAAUUACAUUAAAUCUGGACAGGCUGAGAAAUAUAUUGAGGUAUUCAAGCAAAGCCUUCUAGUGCUAAGGAACAACGAAGCGUUCAAUGAGAACUACAAAUGGAUGAAGUUUAUAGAUUUAUAGGAGAUCAUAUUUUGUUUUAGUUUGUUUCAUUUCUUUCCCUCAUCUAUACAUAAAAUCACAUUAUUUUUUAAAUAAUAAACGUGUUCUUCUGGAUACAACUGCUCUGCUUUUCUUUCUCUCUCUCUCUCUCUCUUCAUCUUCUAAUUCGAAUCUGCGUAUUUCUUCAUUUAAUAGUUUAAAACAACUAAUUUUUAUUUAAUCAACAUAUCAUGUUGGUGUCGUUUGGUUUGGUAUCUUUUUUUUUUUUGGUACAUUGAUCAAGAAUCACAACAUAUAAAUAUAGUAUUCUUUAAGUAUUGUUCCACAUACCAGAUGGGAAUUCUUCUCAUAACAAUAAGACUUAAUUAUAUUUAUCCUAUCCGUAAACGUUACAUUCCUUAUGUUUUUUUUUCUUCUUACGAGUGUAUUUACUGAUUUGCGAUGACAAACAAAAAAAAGCAAAUAAAAUUAAAAUAACAAUAAUAACAGUAAUAGAAUAAUGACGUGAAAAUUCUGAGGCUAAAACGGAACAAAAA